CUCCCCGACUUCAUCCGCACCUUCGACGAGCUCCCCGCCACCCUCCAGUCGUACACCAUCUUCCAGCUCCUGCGGCGCGCACCCCUUCCCGUCCUGCAGACGCUCAACCAGGUCAUCGAGCCGUCCCUCCGCCGCGACUUCCUGUCGGACCUGCCGCCCGAGCUCGGCGCCUACAUCCUCGGCUUCAUCGACGCCCGCACGCUGUGCCGCGUGUCCCUCGUCAGCCGCGCCUGGAAGCGUCUCGUCGACGGCGACGCCCUGCCGCGCGUCUGGAAGGACAAGCUCGAGGCCGACGGCCUGUGGGUCGGCGAUGGCAGCGACGAGCAGGAGGCGCUCGACCUCGCGCGAGGGUACAAGGACGACCUGUUUCUCCAGAGAUGGCGGGCCGGUGUCUGGGACGAGCAGCCGUCGCCGUUCCCGCCCGUCCACGUCAAGCCGGCGUACAAGGCCCUGUACCGCCGUCGCGUCCUCACCCGCCACAACUGGAAGAGCGGCACGCCGACGCGCACGUCGUUCCCGUCGAGCACCCCUGUCGCCGGCGCGCCCAACACGAACACCGGCAACCACGUCGUCACGUGCCUGCAGUUCGACACGGACAAGGUCGUCUCGGCGUCCGACGACAACACGAUCAGCGUGUUCGACAUGAAGAGCGGCACGGUGCGCGCCAACCUCGCCGGCCACAUCGGUGGCGUGUGGGCGCUCCAGUACUCGGGCAACGUCCUCGUCUCGGGCUCGACCGACCGCACCGUGCGCGUGUGGGACCUCGACACGCUCAAGUGCACGCACGCCUUUGUCGGGCACACGUCGACGGUCCGGUGCCUCCAGAUCGUCGAGCCCGAGAACGUCAACCCGGACCCGCACGGCCCGCCCGUCUGGCAGCCGGCCUUCCCGCUCAUCGUCACGGGCUCGCGCGACUUCUCGCUGCGCGUGUGGAAGCUCCCGAUGCCUGGCAAGGACCGCGACUACCUGCCCGACCUGUCCGAGCUCGAGAACGAGGUCGACCCGGCGUCGCUCAACCCGUACCACCUGCGGCACCUCACGGGCCACACGCAGGCCGUGCGCGCCCUCGCCGCCAAGGGCAACACGCUCGUGUCGGGCUCGUACGACAUGGACGUGCGCGUGUGGGACAUCUCGUCGGGCCGGGUCCGCCACAUCCUGCGCGGCCACACGCAGAAGGUCUACUCGGUCGUGUACGACCACGUGCGCAAGCAGUGCGCGUCGGGCUCGAUGGACGGCACGGUGCGCCUGUGGUCGACCGAGACGGGCGAGUGCAAGGCGGUCCUCGAGGGCCACACGUCGCUCGUCGGGCUCCUCGGCCUCACGCACCGCAACCUCGUCUCGGCCGCCGCCGACUGGACCCUGCGCAUCUGGGACCCGGUCACGGGCGCGUGCCGCCACUCGCUCGCGGCGCACCAGGGCGCCAUCACGUGCUUCCAGCACGACGAGCACAAGGUCAUCAGCGGCUCGGACGGCACGCUCAAGAUGUGGGACGUCAAGACGGGCGAGUUUGUGCGCGACCUCCUCACCAACCUCACCGGCGUGUGGCAGGUCUCGUUCGACGAGCGCUUCUGCGUCGCGGCCGUCUCGCGCAACGGCCGCAGCGAGUUCGAGAUCCUCGACUUU